CGCGAAGCAAACGGGCUGCUGGGAAAACAAAAAGUACGCGCAACUAUUGGCCGGAAAAUGCAGAGUGAUAAAGUGACCGGUGGAAGAACUUGACCCAGUUCUGAUACUAACCUAGCGAACACGCGCAUCACCUUAACUUGGGUAGCUUCGUAGUCGCCACACUCGGACCCACUCUACAGUCGCCACCGGAGAACGGAACCAACAGUGAUCGUGUUUCGUGUGCAAGCUACCAUAACGGGGUCCGUCAUCCGAGAGUGAUCUUUCGCUAGCUCUUCUGCUCCUGCGAGAAAUAGAUAGGAGUUCGAUAGAGUGGCGCAAUCGUUUGCAUCGGGUACUUAGUUUUGCUGAGCUAAACCGUGGGAGUAAGCGAAGAAGCCAUCUCACUGCAAAAUAUGUCUAAUCCUGCCAACCCUACAAAGCGAUUAAGCCCCAUAGACGAGCUCAUAUCUCCCUCCGUACGCGUGAUCCGCGAGGUGUAUGAAGGCGAAAAUGCACACGAAAUGUUCCAAACCGAUCUCAAUACAGCGCUGGACAAAAAGAUCCGCUUCAUCAUCAUCGAGCCGACCCGGUUAGGCGAGGAAACGGAACGAUGGAUAUCGGUAGGCAAUUGCUUACACAAGACGUCGCUUGCGAGUGGCGCAGCAUCGAUAGCGAUCGGUCUAGCGUGGAAAUCCGACAUAUUUUGCUAUUCGUUCUGUGCCGCAUCCGUGUUCUGCACUAGUCUGUACAGCAUGUGCUGGGCCUGCGAUCCGUGUGUGGAAUAUCAGGUUGAGCGAAAGCGAAAGAAUCUGAUGAAAAUUCCAAUCCCUGAAGGAGCUUCAACACCAGUAGUGCUGGUGCACACCGGUAACAGAUUCGUCAUGUUUAGCCAUCGGUUAGUGACGGUGCUCGCUACCUCGUUCUGUGCUUGGAAGCUCUACCAAGCGUUGAAGUAGGAAAGCGGGCCAGUUGAAGACGCUCUGCCAAAAAAACGAAAAACAAAAUCACACAAUCCAGCAUCCAUCGUUGCCGGGCGUUUGGGUUCGGUAUGGCCAUGUUUUUAGCUAAAGAUGCCCCACCCACACUGCCUCCUUUGCAGAACGACGAAUCCUCAAGACAUUAAGCGAGAGACAAACAACCGCCGAAACCACCUCCUAAUCCAUAAUGCGUUUGGUAGUCAACACUAGUGACUAGGUUAUUGCACCAAGCGAAUGCCCCGCGUGCGAGUGCAGCAAACGCAAAGAGGGAGAUCGACAGUUGGAUAGCAUUUGAGAUAGCUUCGGCGCCGUGUCGGCAUUUGAAGAUUUCCCGGACUCGUUACUUUCGUUUCAGUCCUUUUACUUGAUUAGCAGCAUUUGCGACUUAUGGUUGUUCAACACGGGAGUAUGAUAGGAAGAUUACUUUACAGGGCGAAAGAGACAGUUUUGUUAACUUUAUUUAUCGUUUGGACGAAACCCUGUCCCGGGUCUAAACUGUUUGUUUCCGUUGAUUUUUCUUCCGAUGGCUGGCAUUUGAAAAUCAUUUAGGACUGUAGCGGCUGUGCUUGUUAAAUGGUAAAAUUUAGAGACGCGCUCGAAUGUUCCAUCGAAAAGGGGGGAAAGGAAAAAAAACACGCAAAGAUUGUUAUCGUCGGCAGUCACAGAUAAGUAAGUGUAUCCCCAAGAGGGAAAUCGGAAUAUGUUGAACGAUCUGAAAGCCAACGGGACAAAAAGUGGAGCGUUUGGUCAACCAUCACAUACUCGGUACUGUAGCAUUUUAGCAGAGCGUCGACGUGUUUGCUUUUGAGCAUUAUUCAUUUCGAAGCAAUACAUGAUGAAUGCAGUUAAAAGAGAAGAAUGCAUGGAGAGGUGUAGAGAAAUCUGGUGGUUGCUAACUAGCUUGCCUGGUUCAACAUCAUGUUGUGUACAGUAUAUAGUAGAGAGUAUUAAAGACAAACCCCGUUCUAGUUCGUUGUUGAGGUCUUUCAGGAUCAUCAAAAGGAGUGGCUGUGUUUGCAGGUGCAUUACAGACCAGACAGGCUCGGUAACGCACAGGAAGACGGUGUUCAGGUCACAAUCAAGUAAGAGGCGUUGUUGCGUGAAAUUCUGCAGCGGAUGCGGUUGAACCGAGAGACGGAUUCAGGCCAACAUUAGUUGAAAAACUGUGAGAUAAUGCGUAAUGUUUUAGCGAAAUAAUGGUUGAAGUUUCAUUUGCAAAUAAAAUUGGAGAAAAGGCAUUCGUGCUCGGUGUAAAAUAA